UGACCCUUAAAGAGAUUUGACAGGAUAAAUGCUGAAGUUUAUAUUAUACAAAUGAGUCAGUCAAUACAUCAAUAAACCCAAUGCUUUGGUCCGCCAGCUACAUGCACACUUAUGCGUGAGACUAACGUAUGUCUCCUGCGAGUAUGAGAAGACAAGACAUACACAGAGAGAGGCGGUGUGUCUUCCCUUCUUCUUUGUCCCUCCUCCAUCAUAGACCUCCUCACGCCGCAGUCAGUCUCUCUUGCAACCCGCUGCAAACAGGAUGACUCACAGCAACCUUCACUUCACCCUCACCUUCAUUUAACCCAGCCAGUGUGUAUGCACGCACACUGCGCCCCAUUUCCACAUUCAUUCCCCGCUGAAUCGGCAGCAGCAUAAUGCCCGACACGGCGGUGGCAUCCGCUGCUGCAUCAUCGGCGAGUAACUGCAGUAGCACCAGCGACAGCGAGAGCUCACGGCACAGACACCGAGCGCAGGAAGAAAGCGAGCGGACUGAGCAACAGCAGCAAAGCGCAGCCCCUCAGCCCACAUCAUCGGGCGUUUUGGAUAAGCUGUUUGGAAAGCGUCUGCUGCAGGCGGGGAGACACAUCAUGUCCCAUAAAUCCUGGAUGAAGACAGUGCCCACAGAGAACUGUGAUGUCCUUAUGACUUUUCCAGACAGCACAGAUGACCACACGCUGCUCUGGCUUCUGAACCACAUACGGCUCGGCAUUCCAGAACUCAUCAUCCAGAUCCGACAUCACAAACACACCAGAAUGUACGCCUUCUUCGUUACGGCCACAUAUGAAAAUCUUUUACGAGGGGCUGAAGAGAUGGGACUGCAGAAAGCUGUGAAGCCGGAGUUUGGUAGCGGCUCUCGCAGUUUCUCCUGUGAGGAAGACUACAUCUAUGAGAAUAUUGAAAGUGAACUCUGUUUCUUCACCUCGCAGGAACGUCAGGGUAUAAUCAAAUACUGGCUGGACAAUCUCAGAGCUAAACAGGGCGAGGCUCUUCACAAUAUUCACUUCCUGGAAGGGCAGCCAAUCAUUGCUGAGCUGAGAGCGCGAGGUGUGAUCCAGCAGGUCUUCCCACUUCACGAGCAAAGGAUUCUGGGGCAGCUGAUGAAGUCAUGGGUGCAGGCGGUGUGCGAAAAACAACCAUUGGAUGAUAUUUGUGACUAUUUUGGGGUAAAGAUUGCCAUGUACUUUGCCUGGCUGGGUUUCUACACCACCUCCAUGAUGUAUCCGGCUGUUAUUGGCUUUGUACUGUGGAUGCUCACAGAAUCAGAUCAGACCAGCAGGGACAUCUGUUGUGUGGUGUUUGCUCUCUUUAAUGUGGUGUGGGCCACACUGUUCCUGGAGCGCUGGAAACGCAGAGGGGCGGAGCUCGCGUAUAAGUGGGGUACACUGGACACCCCAGCAGAGUCACUGGAGGAACCAAGACCUCAAUUCAGGGGUGUAAAGCGUAGCAGUCCAGUGACGGGCUAUGAAGAGUUUUAUUACCCCCCAUGGAGGAGGAGAGUGUUCAGAUGGCUUGUCAGCUUUCCUGUCUGUAUUUUAUGCCUUUGCUUUGUAUUUCUGGCCAUGCUCAUCUGCUUUGAGAUUCAGGAAUUUGUGAUGGGGAUCAAGGAGCUUCCACGAGUUGCGAGAUUUAUCCCUAAAAUCAUGCUGGCCAUCACUGUGACGGCGUGUGAUGAGGUGUACAGAAAGAUCGCCUGCUGGCUAAAUGACAUGGAAAACUACAGACUCCAGAGUGCCUAUGAGAAAAAUCUCAUCAUCAAAAUGGUUCUUUUUCAGUUUGUAAAUUCUUAUCUCAGCCUUUUCUAUAUUGGAUUCUACCUCAAAGACAUGGAGCGUUUGAAAGAGAUGCUGGCCACGCUGCUGAUUAUCCGGCAGUUUGUGCAGAACAUGAAAGAAGUCCUGCAGCCCUACCUGGCUGAGCGCCACCGACUGGGCGAGCUCACACUGCGGGCUGUGUGGGAACUGCUGAUCUCAGCACUGCUCAAGUACGGGCGACUUGCAGCAGGACGAGCACAGGUCUCACCCAGUGGCCCCACUGUGCCUGGGUCAGGUCUGCGGGGCUCACAGAUGGGUGAGGAGAGCCCACAGGAGAGGCGAGAACGCAAGUGUCUGAAUGGUGGCUGUGGUGUCCCGGAUGAAGACGCAGAGGAGGAGCCCAGGGAAAGACUCAGCGAAGAGGAUAACGAAUCAGAGAGCCUCAUCGACUGCGGGCUGAAGCUGCGUAAGGUAAGCUUCAUUGAGAAGGUAGAGCGCAAGUCUGCGAGCUGCGUCAGUCCAGUGGACAACAGCUUCAUGGAGGAGGGGAGCCCUACCAUGGUGGAGCGGGGCAUGGAUCCUGCCUCUGUUUUCGAGAUGUGCGAUGAUGAUGAUGAGAAUGGGCUUCCAGAAAUGAAGGAACUUGCUGCAGAGCCGCUGCCAAUGGGGGUGGAGAGCAGCACGUCAGUCAGGCUCAGGAAGAGGGGGCGGAGCUUGGAGAGGGCCGACAGUAAGACGAAGAGAGAUUCAUGGAUGGAUCCACCAGUGGAGCAAGAAGCAACCACACUCACGCAGGCCGAGAUCGAGAGCUGCAUGCAAGCAUACCAGAACACAUUUCAAGACUACCAGGAGAUGUUUGUCCAGUUUGGAUAUGUAGUGCUCUUCUCUUCUGCUUUCCCAUUGGCCGCCAUGUGUGCCCUCAUCAACAACAUCAUCGAGAUCCGGAGUGAUGCUUUUAAACUGUGCACCAGCCUUCAGAGACCGUUUGGUCUGAGGGUGGGGAGCAUCGGACAAUGGCAGACAGUGAUGGAUGCCAUGGGUCUGAUUGCCAUCAUCGUGAACUGCUAUCUGAUUGGUCAGUGUGGGCAGCUACAGAGACUGUUUCCCUGGCUUAGUCCUGAGAUGGCUAUUAUCUCCAUCGUCAUCCUAGAGCACUUUGCAGUACUACUGAAGUACAUCAUUCAUGUAGCAAUACCAGACAUUCCCAGUUGGGUGGGAGAGGAAAUGGCCAAACUGGAGUUUCAGCGAAAAGAGGCGUUCAAGAGGCAUGAGCGACAAGCACAGCAGCAUUUCCAGCAGCAGCAGAGGAGGAAGCGCGAGGAAGAGGAGCGGCAGCGUCAGGCAGAGUAUCAGGCCCGGCGUGAUAGAGACGAUGGCCGCCCGGACUCCUCGGGUGGAGAUCACCACCACGACAAGAGCCAGAGUGGCAAAUCCAGACCAGGGGGUGGGGGAGGCGCUUCUGCAGGGGAAAAACCCAAGCGGCCCAGUUCACUUCUGGGUAACAACAAUGUCAUGAAACUGAAACAGAUCAUCCCUUUGCAGAACAAGUUCUCCUCUGGCACAGCCCGUUCACCACAGUCGCCCACGGGGAUUGAGCCCAAACUACCGGGUUUCCUAAGCUUCAAGUUCCUGAAGUCUCCUGAAAAUAAGAAGGAGGCAGCAACUGCUUCCACAAGUGCAUCAACAGUUCCUCCACUCCAGGAGAGGGCAGAUAGGUCCCAGUCACCCAACAAGUCCUUCAACCCUGGGAAACUUUUUAACUUUGGGAAAUCAGAAGGAGGGGCAUGUGUAAAUGGGGCUCAGCCCUCAAAACCAGGGGAGGCGGGACAGGUGCAGGACAAGCCAACCACAAAGUCCGACCUCAAUGGGGUUCCGGAUGAGAUCCCAUCCCCUUGUGGAGAGAAUGUGGAGAAUGGAUCCUCAUCUGAUGCUGAGCCGUCAGGCACAAAGAUGUAACUACAAAGUGAUCGCCAGUAAAACGCAUGUGUGAGCAACUACAUAGUAACACAGAGGGAGGGAGAGUGGAAAGCAGAAGGUCCUCUCCUGUUUUUUUAGACUGUGCAAGACCUGACCUGGAAGCUGUUAAGAGAAAAAAAGUUGGGGGGAAUUCACUAAGAAAUAAUUGCAGCCACUGAUAGCGUUGUUUAUUUAAAUCUGAUGUGUACAUUUUUCAAUGUAAUUUUUUUUAUAUCUUAUCCCAGCUUAAAGGAAUAAUUCACCCAAAAAUGAAAAAUCUCUCAUCAUUUAUUCUUUCCUCUGCAGAACACAAAGAUUUUUAGAAGAAUAUCUCAGCGCUGUAGGUCCAUACAAUGUAAGUGAAUGGUGAUCAGAACUUUGAAGCUCAAAAAUUCACAUGAAGGCAGGAUAAAAGUAAUCCAUACGACUCCAAUGAUUUAAUCCAUGUCUUCUGAAGCAAUCUAAUUGAUUUUGGGUGAGCACAGACCAAAAUAUAACUUUUAUUUUGCCAUUGCAGUUUCUAGGCACGAUCAUGAUUUAGAGCUCUAUUACACUUCAUUGCGCUUGACGCAUGCGCAUAGUGUGGUCAUAUGUAUGGAUUACUUAUAUGCUGCCUUUAUGUGCUUUUAGGAGCUUCAGAGUUUUGAUUCAAAGUCACUAUUCACUUGCAUUGUAAGUACCUACAAUGCAGCUCUGUAUGGACCUACAGAGCUGAGAAAUUCUUCUAAAAAUCUUCAUUUGUGUUCUGCAGAAAAAAGAAAGUCAUACACAUCUGGAAUGGCAUGAGUAAAUGAUGAGGGAAUUUUCAUUUUAUGGUGAACCAUUCCUUUAACGUGAAUUCAUGGGUCAACUAAGUAAGCCAUUUGUAGGUUUACUCACCAAAAAGUGGCUCUGUUGCGCUAUCAAAAAAUUCUUUUGUUUGCUUGAGCAGCCCGUUCCAUCUGAUACAGCAACAUUGGCUCAACCAGUCGUGGAAGUUUGGGGCGGGACUCUGUGCAACCACAGUUGUGUUGCAAUUCUGUUUAGUGAGCUAGUGGUGCAACAAUUACACACUUCAGCUUUAAUGUACAGAAAUACCUGUAAGCCAUUCAUUAUGUAUGAAUAAGACAGUGUUUUUUACUGAAAUACUGAACGCUAAAGUGGCGCAACUGUUUAGUGAAUUCGCCCCAUAAUGGUUACUGCUUUGCUGUCUUCCAGAAGAAUCCCCUCCACACACAUGUACACUUAUUUACACACACACAUUGCUUUUUGCAUUGCAACCCCAUUAGAAAGGCAUGAGCUGCAUUUCUGACCAUUUUUAAAGUGCAAUGUUUAAUCACUAGUCUGAUAAUUGUCAACAUUUUAAUGGGUUGUAAGUAGGAAACAUACAAAACUAAAAAUCAGUUCCCACAAAUGUUAUACAAAUCCUACCAUACAAUCUCUAAAAUACCACAAAAACAAUAAUCAGACAUGCAGCAGUGCAUGCUGACUGUGAGUGACUUUAGGCCUGAAACUUUGGUAUAUUUAAAACAGAUGGUUUAGUAGAGCAAUAGCAACUUAACAAGCAAAAAAGUACAAGUGGUUUAAUAAAGUGGGUCCAUACUGAAUACCAGGCCAUGCCCUAAAUGGCAAUAUUUUCACGUUGAUUAUGUGAGAUGAUGGUUUGUUGAGGGAUGUUUUGGAACUACUAUGUGGACAUGUAAUUUAAGAGAAAAAAUAAUAAUGAUGAAACAUAGGGGGGCCUGGGUAGCUCAGCAAGUAAAGACGCUGACUACGAGUUUGAAUCCAGGGCGUGCUGAGUGACUCCAGCCAGGUCUCCUAAGCAACCAAAUUGGCCUGGUUGCUAGGGAGGGUAGAGUCACAUGGGGUAACCUCCUUGUGGUCGCUAUAAUGUGUGGUUCUCACUCUCGGUGGGGCGCGUCGGAAUUGUGUGUGGAUGCCGUGGAGAAAAGCGUGAAGCCUCCAAAGAGGAAAAAAAAAAUAAAAAAAUAUAUAUAUAUAUAAUGAUGAAACAUAAUAAUGAAAACUGCGAAGAGAAAAUGAUAGAGUGGGGUGUGCGUAUGUCUGUGUGUGAUGAUGAUUAUUUAUGUCUAAAAUUCUUAUAUCUGUUUUAUCCUGUUGUUCAGCACUAUACACCCUGGCAGCAGGGGAAGCCAGUUUGUAGGUUUCGGGAUCUACCUUUGAAAAUAAGUGGCUAUAUUCGGAAUGCAAUACUAACAUACAGCUUACUGAAUACUACGCAGUAUGCACUGGAUACUGCCUACAAUUUUGUGUCACGUGACCUCAUCACAUUGCACGGUACUGUAAAAAUGAAAAGAUACAUGUUAAUAAAAUUACUGGCUAAAGUGUUAAUUGAAGAAGGUUUUUUUUUAAUUCAGCAACAAAAACAAAGUAGUAUGUUAGUUUUCCAUUCUGAACAUAGCCAGCAUCUCCUGAUUUUGCUGGUCAUCACAAUGCAUUUCACCACAAUUACUGUUAACAUUACAGCUCUGUUUUGAACCUUUAAGCUGAUGCAUUACCAUAAGAGCAGACUUUAUCCUUGCUAAAUAUUAAGCAAGAAGUGUUAAGACAUCUUAAGACAAAUGUGUCAUUGCACCAUGGCAGUUAGGUAGGAAAACAGAUUCAGAGACAUUGCAUAAUAAUAUAUUUGAUGAUUAAAUAUUGAUGUUAUCUUGCAAGAAAAUUAAAACAGCGACUACUACCCUGCCUCAUUACAUAUAAAAAUGCUGGAUUUAAUUUAUAAAUACACUACUUAAAUAUUCUACUUAAUUUUAAUUAUUUGUUGCCAACUUGAAUUUAUUCAUGCCUACCUUCAUUUGUAUUUAUGUAAUUUUUUCUUAUUUUUUUAUUUACUGAAAGUCUAAUAUUUACCUUUGCAUUGUUUUGAAAGUCUCAUUUUAUUGAAACCCCUCAAGGAUGCUAAGCACGUGCUUCGGAUUUAAAUGUGAAGAAAAAAGGAAAAUGCACUGGUCUCUGUCUUUACAGGCAGUUUGAAGAUGUGUUUUUGAAAGAAAUUCAUUUUUUCUUAGUGUCCUAAGUACAGUGCAUAUAGAAAGUAUUUAGACCCCUUCAUUUUUUUUUGUUUUUUUCAAAUUUUGUUAUGUUGAAGCCUUAUGCUAAAAUGCUUUUAAAAAAAAUAAAAAAAUAAUUCACAUCAAUCUACACUCCAUACCCCAUAAUGACAGAGCAAAAUCCAGAUAUUUGAUA